GUCUCCCUGCCUGUUCUCAGCCCUUUGUCACACUUCCUAUAAGAUUAAUGAGCASAGCGCUGUAAACAUCAUUUCUUUCUAUUUUUCUCAAGAGAAAACAGAUUGUAAACGGAGCUGGCCGGCUCCAUUCACCUAAUGCUGCCCACCAUUACAUCAGCCUGGAGAGGGGAGAGAAAAAACACACACACACACAAAGAUCCAGAGCCCCAUUGUUGGUGCUUUUCACCGGCCGGGAUGCGCCAACAUGCCGCCCACACGGCGCACAUGGCCACCGGCCGCCAUCCCGCUGCUCCCCCUCCUCAGAACAAAGCAGAUGUAGCCUCUGUUUGUCAUAAAGCGUUUUGGGGAAAAAUAAUCUURCUUCCCACAGACGUCGAAGCCGCUAGGCCUUGGGCACGGAUUGGCUGCUAAGGAGUCACAUGACCAGGAAUUGGCUGCAAUUUCUCCCCAUAGUUGUUCAGUUUAGCCUACCCAGGUCCCCAUACGCUACUAAUAUAACCAAUAUACACAAUUAUGAUAUAGCCGCCGCAUUUCCGCUUUUGCAGCCAGAAGCUUGUGUUUUUUUUUUCUUUUCUCUUUUUCUUAAUGAUUUAUUUUCUUGGAAAGCCAUAUUGGGUGGUGUGCGUGUGCGCGCGUGCGCCUAUGAGUGUUUCUUUUUUUAUUUUUUUUGUUUUGGGGAAGGAUUGUUCUGGGGUCUCGCCGUGUGAGGGGGGGAACUGGUUUGAGGGAGCUAUGAAUUUUGAAUUUGAGAGGGAGAUCGGGUUUAUAAACAGCCAGCCGUCCCUAGCAGAGUGCCUGACGUCCUUCCCUGCCGUCCUGGAGUCAUUUCAAACUUCAUCAAUCAAGGAGUCGACAGUAAUUCCGCCUCCCUUCGAGCACACCAUCCCCAGCCUCAGCCCCUGCACGGGCAGCCAGCCGAAACCGGCUUCUGGGAGCCAGCAGAACCGGAGAGCCUCCGCCACAAAUGGCGACCAGACGCAUCACCGCGCCGCCCAGCAGCCCUGCGCGCCGGGCCAAGCCCCCUCUGCUCCGGCCACCCCAGUCGGUCCCCUGGCCCACGAGUUCCCCUGGAUGAAAGAGAAGAAGUCAUCCAAGAAGGGCCCCAAGCCCGGAGGCAGCUCCGUCUCCGGUGGAGCCAUCAUCACCCCAGCGUCAUCCUACCCCUCUCCAACCGCCUCUGGGUAUGCUUCGGCGGGCAUCGAGUCGCCCACAGUAGACCCCAGCCAGCCGAGUCUGGACCCCGGAGGAGCCGGGUCGCGCCGGCUGCGCACCGCCUACACCAACACGCAGUUACUGGAGCUGGAGAAGGAAUUCCAUUUUAACAAGUACUUGUGUCGGCCCAGGAGAGUGGAGAUCGCCGCGCUGUUAGACCUGACGGAGCGGCAGGUGAAAGUCUGGUUCCAGAACCGGAGGAUGAAACACAAACGUCAGACCACACACCACCGGGACGGGAGCGCAGGCAGCCCGUCCUCCAGCGGGUUCGAGCCGCUGGAAGGCGCCGACGCGUCCUCUCCGUACUCCAGCCAGCCUCUGGAAGCUUCGGGCAGCGGGGAGAGCACAGAGGGGGACCAGGGGGGAGGCAGUGUGUCCUCCAGCGGGGACAAUGCGCUGCCCACGCUGGAGGACACGGACCGAGCCAGCCUUUCCGAACCCCCACUGAUGCCGGGGACAUCUGGCUCCCCGGACUCCCCGCCGACAUUCAGCRACUCCACGGAGCGCAGCGAGGCUGGGCCCGCUGCGGCUCCCGUGGCCCCGUCCGAGCCUCACGGCACCUCGGCCUCCUCCACCGCGCUGCCGGACCUGACCCUGUUCGGGGAGGACGCGUGCCUGUCCCCCAGCCUGCAGAGCUCCUUGGACAGCCCGGUUGAUUUCUCCGAGGAGGACUUCGACCUGUUCACGAGCACAUUGUGCACCAUAGACCUGCAGCACCUGAACUUCUGAAGCCUGCAGCUCCACGGAGGCCUGAGGAUGGAGACACUCAGAGAGGACUGUUGUUCACAAGUUUCAACAUUCCUGAAGGAUUUAUAAUCGGGAGAAAAAUGUUUUUAAUAUGAUUAUUUUUCUCUUCAUGCUGGAAUUCUUUUGAAGCUGUAGUGUAGCUGACAGACGGUUAUAAUUUCAGUGAAUGAGUGUGUUUUUGUUGCGAACACGGACAACAAACCGGAUUUUUUUUCUCCUCUUCUGUGCAAAACACAGCAASUAAUUUAUUGUUUUUGACAUUUUUUAAGCCACUGUUCCUCAUGUUUCCUUUGUGUGGAUUAGUUUCUUGUAGUCUGUUCUAGUUGCAGCUUCAUGGAACAUAAACAACUUCUCAGGAACUGAGUCUUGGUUGCAGGACUGAAGAAAAACCGGAGCCAAGACGAGGAGGAAGCCCUGCUGAUGACCCGAGGUUUAGACUUCCGUUUAUUUAUUCAGAUUCUUUAAUAGUGAAAAUUCAAAUUAUUUAUUGUACAUAUAUUUUCAUAGUGGGAUAAUAAC